UUUCUCUCUCUGUCUCUGUUUCCCUGUGUCGCUCGGUGGAUGUGCGUGCGAUUGGGUCAAACUGCACCUUUUUGCCUUGAUCCUCACUGUUAUAUGUACGACGGAGAUUUGACGGAUAGCAUCAAAUACAAAAAAGACACAUGCGAGGCAACAUGUUUGUCUUCUUGCAAUGUGGCAUUGUGACCUUUUUUAUAGUGUUGGCAGAUGGGAUCCCGCAACCUCAGAAGAGCGACAACUUCUGGGAACAAGAAGACCAGACCUUUUGGAGAGCCAGUGGCAACCUGGAGAUCGAGCGGAUGCUGAAGGUGAAGCCCAACUACAAUUUGGCCAAGAAUGUCAUCAUCCUCGUGGGGGAUGGCAUGGGCAUUAACACGGUGUCUGUGUCCAGGAUCUACAAAGGGCAGAAGAAUGGCAACUCCGGUGAAGAGGAACAACUCGCUUGGGAACGGUUUCCAGUCUCUGGACUCUCCAAGACGUACAAUACAAACCGUCAAGUCCCUGACAGUGCGGGCACGGCCACGGCUCUAUUCACGGGCGUGAAGACGCGAAUGGGCUUCAUGGGUGUGGACUCUCGGCCCGCCUACAACGAAUGCGAUUCUGACGUCUACGAAAGAAGCAAAUUGAAGUCCAUGCUCCAUUGGGCUCAAGAAGCAGGAAAAGAAACAGGAAUUGUGACGACGACCCGGAUUACUCAUGCCACACCUGGCUCGUUAUAUUCUCACGUGACGAAUCGUGAUUUCGAAUCCGACUCUGACCUGGGCGAAGACAUUCGAGGUCAGUGCCAAGAUAUUGCCCAUCAACUCAUUCAUAACGAAGCCGGUCAGAAAGCCAAAGUCAUCUUUGGCGGUGGCAAGCGAAACUUUGUGCCCCAGAAAGAUCAAGGCCGCAGAGUCAAGAACAACCUCAUCGAUGAAUACAAGGCCAUGAAAGGCCAGAAGAACCAGGUCUACUCCGUUUUGGAAAACACAAUGGACUUGGAAAAUUGGACCCAACAAGACAACCAAGAUUAUGUUCUGGGCCUGUUUGCCAUGAGCCACAUGUCCUACGAAGUGGAUCGUGACACAUCGCCCAAAGGCCAGCCUUCAUUGUCUCAAAUGGCGACGGCGGCCGUGAAUCGACUGGCCAAGUCCCCCACUGGAUUUUUCCUCAUGGUCGAAAGUGGUCGCAUUGAUCACGCCCAUCACGAAACCAACGCCUUUCGAGCCCUGGACGAGGCUUACGAAUUGGACAAGACUGUCGCGGAAAUUCUGAGCAAUCCAAAUAUCAAUCUGGAUGAGACAUUGAUCAUCGUGACGGCUGAUCACAGCCACUCCAUGACUUUUAACGGCUAUCCAAAGCGAGGCAAUUCCAUCUUUGGGUAUGUCUAUGAGCCCAAGGACGAGAAGAACCAGCAGUACUCGGAAUACGCGGACGGCACCCGCCGCGCCUACUCGACCAUCUCGUAUGCCAAUGGGGACGGAUUCCACAACCACUUUACGGGUGAUCAGAUUGUGCCUUGGAAGGACUUGACCACUAUGGACGUGGAGAACGUGGAUUACCUCCAGCCCGCCAUGAUGCCCGGUCCCGGGGGCGAUGAGAGUCACGGCGGAGAGGACGUCGGGAUCUACGCCCAAGGACCCAUGGCCCAUCUGUUGUCGGGUGUUCACGAGCAGAAUUUCAUUGCCCAUGCCAUGGCGUACGCUUCGUGUGUGGGAGAUUAUGCGGAUAAGUGUGACCGACGAGCGUCGCUGUCCCCUCAAGAGAUCCAAGCCGAUGGUUAUGUGAGUCCGAACGAGAAAUCCAGUGCCCAAGGCCACCCCAUUCGAUCUCAUUGGACUUUGUCAUUGGGAACCUUGAUCGUGGGCACGUGCGCCCUCUCAGUGCUUGUUUAGAAUACCACAAAUAUAUCGUUAUAUUCAACCAACUCAUGAAUCAAGACAAAUGACCUCCCUUGGCUUGUCCUUUGAAAGAUGACAGGGAUCGAGAAAAUACUUGAUGGCAUUGUGCAAAAUAUUAGUUUUUGUUUUCUCAAAAUGAUACCAAAUAUUACCUCUUUUCCUCUAAAAA